UGGCGUGCAUGAAGUCGAUCCAAGCAAAGCAAGAAUUGCACUGAAGCAUUUUCAGUCUAUCCUUUGCAUUGUAAGCACACGUGAUAGGAUAAACAAUAAUAUACCGACCACAGUGAAGAAAAAAAAUUAUUAUAUUUAUUUUCUCUUCGAAAAACCUUCCUAAUAUAUAAAUAUUAUAUUUAUGUCUCUUAUCAAUUGAAUAAUAUCAACGCCGUUGAUUCAAAGAGAAAUCAAAGCAGUUAUUUAUGUAUGCUUACUGUAUUUGUGUGAUAUGAAAAAGGAGCCAUGCGUCUUUUAUGCAACAUGGCGACCGGCAAAGGACUUGCGAUAAUUUUUAGGCCAAAAAAUAUCAGUUUAAUUAGUUGUAAUAAACUUCAUAAAUUAUCAUGCAAUGUCUUACAACAAUGCAACGGAUGUCAGCGAUCUGCUGCAACUUUGGCGAUGGAUGUCGGUGCUUGGAAUAAGAAGAAAAUGGGAAAACGAAUUAUAGAAAAUUUUGUACAGCAGUGUAGAAUUAUUCAUACGACGCAAAAGGUUUUAAAACGUGAUUAUUAUGAAAUUUUGGGAGUAUCCAGGAAUGCUUCUGCAAAAGAUAUAAAAAAAGCUUACUACCAGCUCGCAAAAAAAUAUCAUCCCGAUACUAACAAGGGUGAUCCAGAUUCGGGUAAAAAAUUUCAAGAAGUUUCUGAAGCUUAUGAAGUAUUAAGCGACGAUGCGAAAAGAAAAGAAUAUGAUACUUGGGGUACAACCUCGGAGCAGAUGGGAAUGGGUCAAGGAAGUAGACAAAGUGCUAAUGACUUCCAACAACAGUGGCAAUUUAGGUCUACACUUGAUCCAGAAGAAUUAUUUAAAAAAAUUUUUGGAGAUGCUGGCUUUAAAAGUGGCGUGUUUGGUGAUUUCGAAGAUUUUGCAGAAUCAAAAUAUGGUUUUGCAGCAUCAAAAGAGGUAAUAAUGGAUCUUACAUUCUCGCAAGCUGCCAGAGGUGUAAAUAAAGAUGUUGAAUUAAACGUAGUGGAUACAUGUCCAAAAUGUGUUGGUUCUCGUUGUGAGCCUGGAACGAGGGCUGUCAGGUGUGAACAAUGUAAAGGUACUGGAAUGGAAACUAUUAGCACAGGACCUUUUGUAAUGCGCUCAACUUGUCGUUAUUGUAAUGGUACUAGAAUAUAUAUAAAAUAUCCUUGCUCCGAAUGUGAAGGGAAAGGAAAAACGGUGCAACGAAAAAAAGUAACUGUACCAGUACCGGCUGGAGUAGAGGAUGGUCAAACAGUACGCUUGGCUAUUGAUAAUAAAGAAGUAUUUAUAACAUUCCGCGUGGAAAAGUCCAAAUACUUUCGCAGAGAUGGAUCCGAUGUACAUACUGACGCAGAAAUAUCAUUGUCGCAAGCUGUAUUGGGUGGUACAAUAAGGAUAGAAGGUGUCUAUGAAGAUCAGACAGUACAGAUUCGUCCGGGUACCAGCUCGCACACUAAAAUACGUUUGACGAGCAAAGGUUUGAGGAAAGUAAAUGGAUAUGGUUACGGUGAUCAUUACGUAAAUAUUAAGAUAACCGUGCCCGCAAAAUUGACUGAGAAACAGAGAGCUUUACUUCAAGCAUACGCCGAACUUGAAUCUGACACACCUGGCAGUAUAUAUGGAAUAACUUACAAAACAGAUGGCUCUGCACGCCGAAAGAAGCAAACUCAAGCGUCGCAGGAUGUAGAAAAUGUUCAAAGUAAUGGCCUACUUAACAAAAUUAAAAAAGCUAUUUUUGGAUAAAAUCAUUGUAGGAACCAAACAAUCCUUUGUAGGGCCAUUAAAUUUGGUAGGCUCCAUACGAGUGGCCCUAGGAGACGAAUCGAUUUGCAACAAUAAAUCUUCAUCUUCUAUACUUCAGCAUCCGGGUGAUAAAGCGCAAGGAGAUAAUGUGUCUGCCAAUAUUGAUUCAGAUAUUAAUAUUGAAAAUAACGAUAGGACAAAAAAAAAUAGUAAUGAUAUAAGGAAACAAGAGGCUCGUAAUGGUAGUACUAUAUAAGGUGAUAAGUUUCUUAUAAAAAUGUUAGCAAUAAAUAAAAAAAUUGUUGACUAAA